GUGAUGUCAUGUGCAAAAUUAUCUUCAUUCUUCCCCAUUCUCUCUCUCUAUACAAAAGUCAAUUCAUCCAAUAUCCCAAUUUCGUCGAAUUUUGAUGGCGGAAGAAACAUCGCCUUCGCCUCCGCCUCAGCCUUCGCAGUUCCAUGAGGUGAAUUGCAGGAUCUCCGGCAAGACGUGGCGGUUCGCGGUCGGGACCGAUGCGGGAUUCGCGGUGUCCCUCAUAAAUCGGAAGCUGAAGGGAUCGGUUCCGGUGGUUGUAUCGCACAUAGAAGCAGUAAAGAAUGGUGAAGAGGAACCAAUCGCUUUUGGGCCGAAUGCGGUUCUUUCCAAUUUCGGUGAAGCUUGGAAGCUCCACACUGUUCCUUCUGAAGAAGUGAGAAAUGGACACGUUCGGCUGAUGGCAACACAGACACCAGGACUUGUUUCGGGAUUCUCUGGUGAUGAAAAGAUGGUAUUCAAGCCAAUCAGUUUUCACUAUGGUGUUAAAAUAGUGUUUGCUUUUAUUUUGAUUUUUGUUCUUGGUGCAAUUUUUACUUUGUUUCUUGAUAAUCUUCCUGCAUUGAUAUUGUAUGUUAAAUCCAUAGUUUAAUGCUCUUCGAUCUGUUGCUUGACACUUAUGUAUGAAUUAAAUAAAUUGUUUGAUCUAUUGUCUUUUUUGGUUAA